CUUGCUAUUUGAGUGUAUGUUCAGUGACACAAAAUCGACUCUUUAAGGCCGAUGCCACGUCGACGUCGCCCGCCUCGACCUGGCGCACUCUCAGAUCUGUCGCCAACCCGGAUCCUUUCGCAGAUAAUAAUCCUCCAAGUUGCCUACUAUGCCUGCGCUGCAGUUCUCAUCAUAUUCACAGCCUUGGUAGCGGGAAAAGAAAUCAGCGCCGAUUUGCUGUUCAGCUGGCGUAGCCUCCGCGGCGAUACCACUGUUGGAUGGACUCUUGGUCUGGUUUGGUUGUUGAACAGCCUGGCUUGUGUUGUUUUUAUCUUGCUACUCAUAGCGCGCUCGAAGCUCGUUCUCGAUUUUGCGGUUACUGUUCACUUCAUUCACCUCGUGGUGACCUCAUUGUACUCACACGCCUUUCCGUCCAAUCUUUUCUGGUGGGGCCUACAACUGUGCAGCGCUACACUCAUGACGUCUCUUGGUGUUUGGGCAUGUCAGUGGCGUGAAUUACGACCCAUUAAUUUUGGUGGCAAGGCUAGACAACCAACAAAUCAAUCGAUAGAGGAUACUGAGGUGGGCCAUAUAGAGAAUGCCGGGAGAGGUGGUGGUCGUGAUGGAGCUGGAGAGUAUGAGUUAGUUGGCAUAGAUCGACGAGAAGGGCAUGUAUAAGCUUUUGUCUAUGUGAAGCAUUGCUAGGUGUUACGGUUCUACGUUCUAUUCUGGGAAAGAGGCAAUGGGUGUUUUUGUGCAUAUGAGACUCCCCUGAUGGGAUUGAAACUCAAUUCUGUAUACUCCACAUUGUAUUUGAACAUUGGUAAUUAAACUGAUGGCACCGAAGAGAGUGGGUAAAGGCUUCUUUACUCGUUAAAUAUCACUUAUUUUUCAGCCCAUCGCUCGGAUUCAUCU